UUGGCAUUCUGCUCGCAUGAUUCUCAUUAUCUUCAUCAUUCAAAUGCACAAAAAUGUCAAUUGCCCCAAACACAGAGGAGAUCGAUCUAAUCAAUCAAAUAGACCAACAACAAAAAGAAGGAUCAAGAACAACCUCCGAAGAAACACGACCAAGAUCAUAUCAUAACCUCGUGAUCUUUUCCUCUGUUUUUGUUAAGAACUCAGAGAAACAAACACACAGAGAGAGAAGGACUUGUUCUGCUUCUUUUUCGUCUCGUCAUGGACACUUCACAGGCAAGAAGAAAAAGAACGUUGCUUAAGGUCAUCCUCCUCGGUGAUUGUGGGGUUGGCAAGACGUCUCUUAUGAAUCAAUAUGUGUACAAGAAGUACAGUGAGCAUUACAAAUCUACGAUAGGAGCUGAUUUUGUUACAAAGGAACUUCAAGUUGAUGACAAAACGGUGACUCUGCAGAUUUGGGACACUGCAGGGCAGGAAAAGUUCCAGAGUCUAGGGAGUGCAUUUUACAGAGGAGCAGAUUGCUGUGUUCUUGUGUACGAUGUAAAUGUACCUAGAACAUUUGAGACACUGAACGCUUGGCAUGACGGGUUCUCUAAACAGGCAGAUUUGAAUGACCCUGAAGCAUUUCCAUUCGUAUUACUAGGAAACAAAAUAGACCUAAAUGUUGGGCACAACCAACCGGUUUGUGAGGAGAAAGUGAAGGAAUGGUGUGAUUCAAGGGGAAACAUGCCUUACUUUCAAACGUCUGCAAAAGAGAACUACAAUGUUGAAGAGGCAUUCUCAUGUGUUGCUAAAAUUGCGCUGGAAAAUGAACAUGAACAAGACAUAUAUUUUCCGAGGAUGUCCGAAACUGUUUCAGAAGCAGAACCACGUAGUCCUUGCGCGUGCUAAUUAAGCUUGGAUCAUGGAUGCCAUCUCAAAUUAGGAAUGGAUGACAUUUGCUUUCUUUUCUUUUCAUUUUUUUUGGGUCAUUUUCUUCAAUCAAUCAAAUGAGUAA